AUGAGCUCGACACCGUCAACAUCAGCGCCAGUUGCCCACAAUGCUUUUCCACCUCCAUCCAGACCGUCUGCAGGAAGAUCUCCGCGAAUUGCACCCCAUUCGCACAUCAAAGGGCUUGGAUUGACAUCUGAAGGAUUCGCAUCCAUCGACGGCGCAGGAUUCAUUGGUCAAACCAACGCUCGUGAGGCUUGCGGUGUGGUUGUUGAUCUCAUAAAAUCACGAAAAUUCUCUGGACGCGCCUUGUUGCUCGUUGGUGCGCCUGGAACAGGAAAAACUGCAUUGGCUCUCGCUGUAUCCCAUGAAUUGGGUGCAAAGGUACCGUUUUGUCCCAUGGUUGGGUCAGAAGUCUACAGUACCGAAGUCAAAAAGACACAAGUUCUCGCAGAGGCGUUUAGAAGGGCCAUAGGGCUCAGAAUAAAAGAGACAAAAGAUGUCUACGAGGGAGAACUCACGGAAAUUACGCCGACAGAGGCAGAGAAUCCAUUGAGCGGUUAUGGCAAGACCAUUUCACACGUCAUCGUUGGUCUCAAAACGGCCAGGGGCACGAAACAGUUGCGUUUGGACCCUAUCAUAUAUGAGGCUAUUCUCAAGGAAAAGAUUGUAGUUGGAGAUGUGGUCUAUAUUGAACACCAAACUGGUGCCGUAAAGCGUGUUGGGCGUUCAGACGCGUAUGCUUCUUCCUAUGACCUCGAAUCGGAGACAUAUGUCCCACUCCCAAAAGGCGACGUGCACAAGCGCAAAGAGCUCGUGCAAGACGUCACUCUAGGCGGUCUUGAUGCUGCCAAUGCGCGGCCUCAAGGUGGUCAAGAUAUUAUGAGCGUCAUGGGCUCUCUUAUAAAGUCCGGCCGCACAGAAGUUACUGAAAAGCUCCGACGCGAGGUCACCAAGGUUGUCCAGGGAUACGUCGAGCAGGGUGUUGCGGAGGUGGUGCCCGGAGUCGUGUUUAUUGACGAGGUCCACAUGUUGGAUAUCGAGUGCUUUACUUAUUUGAACGCGUUGCUCGAGUCUCCAAUGGCGCCGACUGUGAUUCUGGCCACGAAUCGUGGGCAGUCGCUUGUACGAGGAACGUCGGAUAUUGUUUCUCCCCAUGGUAUACCGGUGGAUCUUCUCGAUCGGUGCAUGAUCGUGAAGACGGACAGCUAUACACGCGAUCAAGUCGGAAAAGUUGUUCAGCUGCGCGCUACGGUCGAGGGAUUGAAACAUGGCGAAGGCGUUAUCGACCGGUUAGCGGCCGAGGGGGAGAAGAGUUCGCUACGAUACGCACUGCAGCUGCUUACGCCUGCAUCGAUAUUGGCGCAGCUGGCCGGCCGAAGCCAGAUUGAGCUGGAGGAUAUCGGGGAGACGACAGAGCUGUUUUUGGAUACGAAAACGAGUGCAAAUAAACAGACUCGGAGAGUCGUAUCGUCCGAUUCGUCGUCGGCGGCUUCGGACACACUAUUCAUCAUGCCUUCCACCUUUCCCAUCGAAAUAUUCGAGCAGGUAAUCGACGAAGUAGCGGAUAACGGCGUACUGUUGUGUCGUCAUGAUGAUCUCUUCUCGUGGCGAGAGAGGCAAAGCGACGUGAUAGCGUGGGGAGAGAGUCGAAGAGACAUGAUGGCGUGCGCUGUGACGUGCACUGCGUGGUAUCCCAGAAGCCUUCUCAACCUCAUGAGCUUGGUAGUUCUCCGGAAUACCAGACAACUGGCGGGAUUUGCAAAGCUGAUCAGAACGAAACCAUCCUUGGACAAACUUGUGCAAAGCAUUCUGCUCCGGCCGUCCCCUGCCAGGUCCGGUGGAACUCAUGUUGCAGAAUUCCCUUUAUUGCUUGCCAGGAAGCUGAGAAAAUUACGCCUCCUCGAGGUAACUCACACCGACUGGAGAACGACCCUGACACACAAUAGCUUCUUCAUGUGUCUGUCAGAAUUCAUUUCAGUCACCAGUGUCCGACUUGUCCGCGUCCAUUUUCGCAGUCUGCACGACCUUGGAAGAUUCAUAUGUGCAUUUCCUCUCCUCUCCUCUCUUUCUUGCAGAGAUGUCACCUGGGACAACAAUGUGUACAAUUUGCAGGUGUUGCGCCGCUUCGCCGUGCGAAUGAAUGGUGUCGAAUUGCUCGAUCUAAACUUGGAUCCGCGCUAUGCCGCCAAUGCCGUCAAAUUUUGGGAGACCAUCAUGAUACCCAAUUCCCUCCGCUCUGUCAUGGUAGUGGGCAAUUUUCUUACGAUGGAUGCGAUAAUGGACAUGAACUUAGGGUGUCUCUGGGCAUCUGCAGAUGCGGCAUUGCGUCGUGUCGGAGUGGCUCUUGACAUGCAAGAGAUAGGCCUAGAUGUCGAACGCUCACGAUUCCUCGUUGCACAUUAUCUGAAUCUCUCCCAUAAUGCCUACCUUGAGUUCUUACAGAUAGACUUGUCACCUCCUACCGAAUGA